GCCGGCCGCCCCCGCGCCGUGAGGGCCUCGGGGCCCGCGCCCGCCGCCGCCGCUGUCGCCGUCGAGGCGGGGGACACAGCGCGGCCCGGCCCGGCCCGCCGGGCGUUCGGGGGGGGGGGGGGUGCGAGGCGAUGGCGGCGGGCCCCGGCGGCGGGGCGGCGGCGGCGGGGGGCCCGGGCUGGCGGCUGCCGGGGCGGGUGCUGGAGCUGGUGUUCUCCUACCUGGAGCUGCGGGAGCUGCGGAGCUGCGCGCUGGUCUGCAAGCUGUGGCACCGCGUGCUGCACGGCGACGAGAACAGCGAGGUGUGGCGCAGCCUGGCGGCCCGCUGCCUGGCCGAGGAGGCCCUGCGCACCGACAUCCUCUGCAACGUGCCCACCUACAAGGGCAAGGUCCGUGCCUUCCACCACGCCUUCAGCACCAACGACUGCUCGCGGAACGUCUACAUCAAGAAGAACGGCUUCACGCUGCACCGCAACCCCAUUGCCCAGAGCACGGACGGGGCUCGGACCAAGAUCGGCUUCAGCGAGGGCCGCCAUGCCUGGGAGGUGUGGUGGGAGGGCCCGCUGGGCACCGUGGCCGUCAUUGGCAUCGCCACGAAGCGGGCGGCCAUGCAGUGCCAGGGCUACGUGGCCCUGCUGGGGAGCGAUGACCAGAGUUGGGGCUGGAACCUGGUGGACAAUAACUUGCUGCAUAACGGCGAGGUGAACGGCAGCUUCCCCCAGUGCAAUAACGCACCCAAAUACCAGAUAGGUGAAAGGAUCCGAGUUAUCCUGGACAUGGAAGACAAAACGUUAGCGUUUGAGAGGGGCUACGAGUUCUUGGGAGUUGCCUUCAGAGGACUGCCAAAAGUUUGCCUGUAUCCGGCAGUGUCUGCUGUGUACGGUAACACAGAAGUGACUUUGGUCUACCUGGGAAAACCUUUGGAUGGAUGACGUGGAUUGUUCCGUUGGGACAUCGAGAUGUGGAUGAUUGGGAGGAGAAAUCUGCAUGUUGGUUAGAGGGAAACGUGUAUUAGAGGAAAAACGAAAAAGUGUGGGUGUGUGUCCAGGAACCAUCGAGGGAAUCACGUGGCGUUUUGGAACAGAGGACCAGCCAUACUUCGGGAAUUGUGUGACAUUUCCUCUUUCUACCAGGCCAGAAAAAUCCUCAGGGUUGCAGUUGGUUGAGUGGGAAGCUGACACAUGCAUGUUGCAACAGAUUUCAUUGCUAAGAUGGCAGUAUGUGACCUCAAAUAUUUAAGAAAGGAUUUGAUAACAAAACUGCUUGAGGAAGUUAACCUGAGAUUUGUAAGUAGCGUGUUUUGUGAAAGACUCCCAUUUUAAAACUGCUUGUUCCUUCCCUUCCCUCCUUUGGGCCAAUGUGGGUACCGGAGGAGAGCGAGUCUGGUUGGGUUUUAUUUACAGUUUUUAACAUACUGAGAAGCAUGGUCCGUCUGGACUGUCCUUCUCUAGUAUAAUGAUACAAAAUGUGUGCAGCUAUUUUUAAGUGUAUUUUAAGGGUUGUAUAUAUAGAACACGUUGAAAAGAACAGUUAAAAGAAAGGGUUUGCUUUAUUCUAACUGGGACAUAAUUUCUUAACGGGGGAAAAAACCCACCCCACCCCACUGCGUGGCAUCAGAAAAUAUACCUCGGACAGGUAUAUGACAUUCAUGUAAGUGUACUUCUGUUGUAUUGUGAAGCAUUUUGGGAUGCUCUUGCGGAGUACGGUGCUACAUCGGGUCAUUUUCUGUGGAAGUUUCCAUUGCUUUAGCAACAGGUUUUUUUCUCUGUAGGAAACGCAGAACGUUUUCCCCAUGAGUUUCCUUUCGCCAAAAUCUGCGGUUCCCUUUAGGAAGGGAAACCGCAACACAGUGGUCAGCUCAUCUUCCUUUCAACAUCAAAAGUCCUGACUUUCAAAAGCAUCCCUAUACUUCCUAAUUACUAUUGCAAAAUGUUUCACAGUAAUGAGGAAGGAGCAUUCAAGUUUCUGAAUCCAGACCUUGCUUUUGGCUUAGGUGGCUUUUGUGAGGCUUUUAAGACUUGACUGAACCUUUCUUUCAUUAAAUAAAAUCCCCCCGUCCCCCGGUAUUCACCUGCCUGUUGUCAGUCAGGAGGAGUAAAACUCUCACAAGCCCUUCGGUGGCAAUUCUGGAUCAGGUUCGACGUGCCGGCUUUUCGCUUGCACCAGUUUUCUGAAGACCACGCGCAGAGCCCCCGGCGUGCGGGUGUGCUGGCGUAUGGGCUGGGGCGGCCGGGGGCUGCGGGGUGUACCGGGGAGCCGCGUUCUGGGGAAACCCUUUCCCCCUGAGGCUGAGAGCUCGGUGGGGACCCCCAGAAGGGCUGCUUUUACCGGGGCAUUGACACCUGCCAGCCCUGCGGCUCUUGUCUCUCAUUUCUCCUUGGCUGGUGUUUCCCAGAGCUGUCUGAACUGUUUCAGAGUUGGCCAUGCUUUUCAGAGAGGGAGAAGGAAAUGUUUAUACAACCCCUUUUUGCUUUAUUUGCGCUAGAGAAUGUGAAUUGCUUAAUAUCAGACACCGGCAAGAGGAAUUCCUCCUGGCAUUACGCGGGUCAUGGGAGGGGAGCGCUGCGAGCAGGUGAGGGAGGCUCCUCGUCUGCUGCUGCUGAGCUGUCUUGGAGUGCUUCUAGCCUCGCAGGUAACCAAGUUCUGCACUGGAACAGAGUAUGUAUGUCAUUACCAUUUAAAAGGAUUUAAAAGUAUUUAUUUGUUUUGUGUGUUGUUUAUUGCUUAAAGGCAGUAUCGGGGUCCGUUGCUCUUGGCUGGGUUAAAGAAACAAAAUACGUGGUGAGAAAUGAAGAUGUUUUAAGUGGUGUUGAGAACUGAAUAAAUUAGGUGGGACGGGCACGCGAGUAACUUUUGGAGAAAUCUGUUACAAGCAUUGAUUGUACUAACCUGUACAGUAUGUGUCUGCAUAGCAGAACUGGGGGUGUGAGGCGGGGAAAAAAAGAAGCAAAACCCUGUCCAACUUCAGAAAAUAAAAUUGUCCCCGAGAUGAAUGUGUGCUCAAUGCAGUCCUGAAAGGCACGACCUCUGCGCUUGUUCAUGAAUCCAAUUAGAUGCAAGUAAACCCUGAGAACUUCUGAGGAGUUUUAUCCACGAAUUGAGAUUGGUUUCCAUUCUUCAGACUGCUUCUUACCCUAUAAAUAAUUUCUCUAAAUUAGAAAUGCUGAAAGUUGAACAUUCCUUAAGGGUGGGUUUGGGGGGGACUCACUUGUGUAUGAUUAUAACUUAUUCCUGGAGACCAAUGCUGGCUGUACAAAAUAUUAAAAUAAACUCUGCUAUAAUUCCGAAGGAUGUAGUGGUGUGGAUUGUUGUAAUGACCAGCCGGCUGGUGUGACUGUUGGGAUCACCACCUGCUGUGGUGCUAGGCGAAAAGGAGGAGCGGUUCAGUGCAGAGAAGGUGGAGGUGUUGGGAUGGCGAUGUGCUGUGUGACUGCUUGAGCAGAGAGAAUCUGAUCUGAUGAGUGGUUAACGAGGACUUGAAAACGUGGUGUGCUCGCUCCUGCCCUGCCGCCCUACCGACGCGUCUCCGUCCCUGUCAGUGUCUCUGCUGCUCUCUGCUUCUGUAGCUUUCCAUAUGAUGGUCAAUAUUUUGUGGUGCUUUUAGGAAGAAGUAGGAGACUCUUGUGGUUGUGAGUUCCAAGGCACUUUCCAAACUCUCUGCAUCAGGUAUCUGCUUUUAAGCAGUGAGCUUCUGACUAAUAUCUUUGAGCCACUUCAGGAGCGAAGAGGUUUGAUGCUGGCUUGCCAAAAAUGUAGAAUCACUUUUUCUAGCCUGAGCUACUUUCGAGUCGGCUAAUAAACAGCCAUUUGCAGUAUUUUCCCUACCCCAACUGGUGACUUGACUGCUUUGGUCAGGAGGAACAUCAACUGUCCAUAGCUCCCAUAACAGUCAGAUUCCCAAGUCUUGGCUUCGGAAUCCUGCAGGACAUCCAGAAUUUUUUGAUAGGUGAGCAUUUUUUCUAUUGUUUGAAUAAACCCCAGAAUUUCUUGUGGUUUAAGUGCGCUGUGAAAUCUCUUGGGAGCUUAACAGUUGCUGAUCUGAUCUGGGCAUGUUGCUGUGUCCGAGGAAGCAAGGAGCUCGGGGCAGCCGUUGGGCUCGGGGCAGAGGAGGUCCUUGGCUUUGCUGGUGACUGUGUUGGCCUGAAGUCAGUUGUGUGACCGCUUUUUUUGUGAGAGGACAGGGGUGUUGCUGGAAUGAACUAAUAAAUCAAAAGGGCAUGGGAAAAUUACCCGGGCAGGGAGAUUUUCCCCAAGAUGUGUUGUGUUUCCUUCCCCUCCCUACUGACAGUGCAGCGUUGAGUGUCUGUUUUUGGGAGUCUUCUACUAGCAAAUGCCAUUUGGUUUGUCACUUUUGGCCUUGUUUCAGGUGACGGAGCCAGCCGGGAGCAGAUGGCCUUGAUCCUGUGGGAUGAGCUGCGGCUGCCUCGGAUGCGGCUGUGUUCUCUGUCUGCCUCUGAAUCCGAUUGCAAGCUGCAAUAUUAGCUUUUCUCUCCGCUUGCCGAUGACUUACUUUUUAAAUUUCCUUAACACCCGGGUGCGUUUUCCAGAUGGCUGCCGCUAUUUUUUUCCUCUUCCAUUUUCACUGGGAUGAUGACAGCAGGGAUGACAAUUAAAAUAGUGCUUGGCCUGAUCAUAGUUUGAUCAUACAAAACGUAUUUUCCCCAAGUAUGCGAGAGGUAACCAGCCCCCAGCGAUUCCUGAACCUGUGUAUUUUGAUACUGAUAUUCCAGUUCUAGCUGAAUCUUUGCAUGUUAUAAAUAGCUGUGGACGCCGGCAGGAUCGCAGCUACAAGUGCUGCCGUUCUCCAGAACGCUGCCGGUGCUUGCACAGUGCAGAUAAUUUGGUGAAAUCUGUAGCUGGCAAAUGUCGCUAUUGAAACCUGCUCUAGGAGCCUUUCUGCCUGUACAAAAGAGGUUUUAAAUGCUUGGGAGUGCAAUGUGUUUGAUUUCUGCACGCGAUAGCAGUCCACCUCGCACCAAGGUAUAAUUUGGUUGGAAGGAAAAUUAAUGAAGUGGGAAAUGAAUACAGAAGGCUUUUCCUGCAGUGAUGCUAAACCUGCUGGUUGGUACUUGAGGCAGCUUUCUCUAGCGCUGUAUGGUGACUUCUGAAUGACUUCUGACACCUUCCCACAAGAGGGCAAAGUUAACAGCCUUGGGGCAGCCUAGGCUUCCCAUUUCCUAAGUGAUGUGCUGCAAAAUAAACAUUUAAUAUGGAACCUCAUCCGUUAGCCUUUGCCUCCCGUCCUUUUAAAAAACCAGAACAAACUAAAAAAACCUCAACGAAGCAGGUGCUUGCUGAGAAGUGGAUAACGGGCUUAGGAUUUUUAAAAUGUACUUCAUUUGAACCCUUGAUCCUGAAAUUAGGCUGAGCAAAUCUUUGCGUUUCAGAAAAUCCUCUCCAGUGACAGUAAACUGAGCUGAGACUCUGAGAUCACCUUAAAAGGUAGAAAGGGGUUUGAGAGGCUCAAACAAAAUGUCAUGGUUACCAUUCAAGGUCUGCUUUUCCCCAGAGCUGCUUUUCUUCCUCUCAGGCAUUUAUGGUCAGGAAAUAAUGAUAUCGUCAAAAUAUUAUUAUAAAAAUAAUAAUUUAAAUUCCAUUGUGGCUGAACACCCCCACUCCCAAAUUAUUAUUGAAAAGGGAAUUUUAAAUAAAACUUGUUGUAUAUUGCAAGGGUUGAUUAUUUUUCUGCAAUUUUACCAGCUCCAGGGUAUCUCUUUCCUUCCGUGCCUGCUCUUGCAGAUGUGUUGAGCUAGCUGGAAUUGUUUCAUGUUUGCUUGAUGUAUUUUGUCUUUUUAAUCUGUAUUGUUCUACCUAUGUUAAAAGCCUACACGUUGUUGUAAAACAGCUGCUUUCACAUCUGUCCCCGCCGUUGGAGCGUGCCUCUGAAGAUGCACUGUGCAAAUGAAGCCACGAAAUGCUGCGCUCUGGCAAACGUUCCGGCUCGGUUGCAUAGUCGCAGCAGGACGUGCUGGCAUCCUUCGUUCCCUGCCUCCGUUUAACGCGGUCCGUCCGCUCUGGUCUGCAGCGGCUGAGUUGGGAAAUCGAGGCGAGACAAAACCUGAUGGAUCCCGGGAAGCACAGGCCGAUGUUCACCCCAGGCAGGUGAGGUGUGCUGCGUGUGUGAGCUUCCCUGGACUCUCUGUACCACGGUAACGUGUUAAAUCUGCGAGCGAGUGGGGUGCGGGCUGUUCUCCCUGCCCAGCACCUCCAUGGUACCAGUUUACAGGUAACAAACUGCUGGUUGCAGCUUCAGCUGCAAGAGCGACUUUGGUGCAUCGGGGACCGACAGCCUACGAGCGAGUUACUACGAGGUUAUGAAGUUCUUUUCUUUCCUGAGCAUCCUGUGCUUAGAAGUAAGCCGUGUCUCGUUGCUUUUAAAUGGCUAUUUAAGAGAGUACACUCCGCCAGCUUCAGGACGUGACUAUAAUGACUAAGUGCUGGACAAACCUGCCAGCGAGGGGAUGGAUGUUAACCCAAAUGUUCUUGUCUGAUAUUCCAGAUACUGCAGUGGUUAAAGCUUUUCAGUCUGUCCACCAUCUCCAAAUUGCAUUUUGGGGUUUUUGUUGGCUUUUUGUUGUUGUUGUUGGUUCUUUUUUUUAUGUGCUCAGGUGACAGAGAACGUUUCUCUCAUGCCAGAUCCCAUCUGACACUGGGCAC